AUUCCAUCUGCUUCAUACACAGAUCAGGGCAGACUUUGAAUAUCCUGUGCGUCGCCGAGGAGAUUCAAAUCCAGCCAAGGCAUGUAAAAGGCAUAAUGUCUACCCUUCCGGAUCAGGAGGAGCUCGAGAAGACGUACAUCUUUCAUCAACUCGACGAAUAUCCGUGGGCCGAAGACGAGGAGUUCCAGGGAGGUUUGCGGGCGAUUUUGGGAUCAGUGGAGGAUCCCGCGAGCACCGAACAUCUCACUCUACGCGCCAAAUGCUACUACUUUGCCCGGAAAGCUGGAACGUCUGUAGACUUUGAAGGCUACAAGCAAUGGGUCGAGGAUCUUCGCACAGGCACGGCCGCUGCGAACGGACCGGCGAACACCCCUGGCACAAUGCUUGGUGGUGCGUGGAGACAAGGCAGCAACGUCGGCAGUGCGGAAGAGGGCUCCCUGGGAAGUUUGGGCGAAGCGCCCAAGCCGGCUUCUUUUGCUGAGAUUUGCGAAAUGAUUGCUGCGAAUAAACCUAUCCCUGGAAUCAAAGAUAUCCCGGACACCGUCUUGGAAGGUCAAGCAACGGAAAGCCAGGCGACGAGGAGGAAGAAGCCGUGGGAAAAGCAGUUACCCGAUGAGCCAGCAGGAGCCCCGAGUUGGUUGUCUUCAGCUUCCGGCAAUCACGGCUCUCUCACGACAGACUCUGAUGCGGAGAGGGCUGUGGAGGCCCGUGCAAGCAAAGCCACGGAGCAGCCAUGACUCUUCACGUUUCGUGGUUGUGUCAGCCAUUGCACCGAAUUGAGGCAACAAUGGGAUGUAGCAUCCCCGUUCGCACGCUUCUACGAUGACUUUGGAUCCAGCCCUGGCAGAAUGCCAGAAUGGAAUUGGGGCCAAGCACAAGCAUGUCACUGAAGGGCGCGCGGACUGGAGUCACGGCAAGAGUCCGAUCGCCGAGGCACUGAUCCUCAGCCUUGUCUUCCCGACGAGAGUCGCAGAAGUUAUCCGUGGUGUCGGCAAAUCAUGCGGUGGGCACGGUGGAAUGUCUACGGGUAGGCGUUUUAGAAUCGUGCUUAGGGUGCCGAUACUUCUGAUCCAUGCCGAUGGAGAGAGGCAUCGCUUGGUCAAAACAAUUGAUGUACAUACUACGCCGGAUCUGACAAUGCAAACCUCACAUUUUAUAGUCUGAUGAUGCAUCAGAUUUCGGAACUUGACAAAUCAC